AUGUCGCAAGAGCAGCAAUAUCAACAGGAUCAACAGGCGCAGCUGCAGCAACCGCAAUUGCAACCGCAAUUGCAACAGCAGCAAUCUACGUUGGAGACCAUUCAACCAAGAAGUGACUCUUUUCAAAAACAAUUUCAAAACGAAACAGAAGAGGAAAAGGCAGAAAGGUUGGCCAAACAAGAGGAAACUGACCUGCGUUCGGUGUAUGUUGGUAAUGUUGAUUACCAGUCAACACCCGAGCAGAUUGAAGAACUUUUCCAUAAGGUUGGUAUAGUUGAACGAGUAACUAUUUUGUUUGAUAAAUUCUCAGGUUUGCCCAAAGGAUACGCAUAUGUCGAGUUCCAGACUCCAGAAAAUGCCAAGAAGGCAGUCGAAGAGUUACACGGUGAGUCGUUUAGAGGAAGGGAAUUGAGAGUUAGUGAGAAGAGAACAAACUUGCCUGGAUUUAGGAAACGUGGUAAUGGUUUUGGAAGAGGCAGCGGACGUGGUUUUGGAAGAGGAGGGCGUGGCGGCCGUGGACGAGGUGGCAGAGGUGGUAGAGGCGGUAGAGGCGGCCGGGGCGGUAGCUGGAUUGGAAGAAACAGUACUGUUGUUGAUGAUACCACUACAGGAAAUGAGGAUGGAAAUGUACAUGUUGUUGAAAUUGGAGGUGCAGAAAUUUAUGAAGUCAAUUGA